GUUAUUCAAAAUGAUAGAUCAGAAUUAUUAGGGCGAAGACACAAUACAUCCACGCCAGAAUAUCCUUUUCAACAACAUGAUUAUUCGGGAGAACAACAUGCAUUACGAGAACAUAAUUUUAUAAAUGAGACGGAUUCAAAACUUGACGAAUUUAUAGCACAUGGAAGAGAAGUGCUUAGCAAUAUGUAUGAUCAAAAUAAUACUUUGAAG